AUGGACGAUCCAAGUCUGCCAAGAGCAGCGAUCGUUAUUUGCCUCGGACUCAGCCCGGUCUCCCAAGACAGGACCAUGAAGAGCCUUGCGAUUUGUUCAGGAGUCCUCGACUAUCUCCGGGACGUCCGGGGGCGCGGAUGUAUAAUGACAGUCAACUUCUCCGGGAGGCGCCUCCUGCAGUCCAACAGCCCCAAGAUAGCAGAGCAGUGCAUUCGCGAGGACUGCGAGGACUGGUGCGACGUCCUCGACGCGGCCUCGAGGCUGGUCAAGCGCAACGCCCCAGAUUGCACCGAGAUGGAGGUCGUGCUCGUGGGCACUGACGAGGUCCCAUGCAGAGGCGACGCGGUCUCGAUGUGCCAGGCCUUCAAAGGGAACGGCAUCCGGGUCAACUCGAUCCUGACGGACUCGACGCAGCAGACCGCCUCGCCCAUGCAUGCAGGCAUUCGGAAAACCGAGCGGUUCGAGAUCAUCUCUGUGGCGGGACCCUUUGCGGACUCCGAGGAAGCCGGACCGUUUGUGAGGCAACUCCCAGGGGGCUGGGACAUGACAAGGCUGGCACGCGAGACAGGAGGCCUUACAUUAUCACCCAACACAGAGGGAAAGCUCGCACUCCAUCUGCUCUUUGGCGAGAUGUUUCGACGAUGGGGCGAGGAGUACUGGAAAGCCCGCAAAUGA